AUGGUUUGGUUACAUGUCGAGGAUGGGAGACGAAAGAUUCCCUACGCGAAUGUACGAGUGGGACCCUACAUCGGUCGAAGGCAGACGAAAACAAGGACGACAGCGGCAGAGAUGGCGAGACACGCUGGCAAGAAACUUUACAACUGCGGGCCUAGCAUAUCAGGAGGCCGAAAAUAUAGCCAAAGACCGUGUGACAUGGAGGGAUACCAUAGCGGCACUGAUGUGAUAACAAUCACUAACAGUAUCCAGAUGGGAAGCUUUGGAAAUUUGGUCUUUCUCAUCUCUGCAAUCACAGGAGUUAGGGCUCUAGUUUCGUUACAUAAAUCUGGAAUAUGUCCCAUUCCCACCUACACGAAUGCUGGAGGUGACUGUAAGCAGGACUCGGACUGUACAGGGUCACUUAAAUGCUGUCCCCACACGUUAGCUGGGUUUGCUUGCAUGAAACCGGAAGCGACGACAGAUGUCGCCACCAUGCGUCCAGGAGAAUGCCCCGUUAUUGUGGAUUCUAAGACUGGGCUGGCUUGCGACAGUGACGCAGCCUGCAUGGAACCACAGAUCUGCUGUAACUAUGGACAAGCGUCUAUUUGCGUAUAUCCAACUGUUGUUGACAUCCUUCCAAAAUAUAAAGAACCCGUCCUAGGGCCUAGUGUAGGCAACCAUCUUGCUGCAGCCAAUCGAUGGCUAUUAAAAAGAUUGAAAUUGAAGACUAUGAAAAAACCGAAGAAUCAUAAAAAACCUAUCAAUGUCAAUCCACGAAUUCAGAAACUUUUAGCAAAAUUAUCGCCCAAAAAGUCUGUACAGCAGAAGGUUUUUCGGAAGCUAGGGGAAUUUAUCAACUGGUUUAUGCAACAAAGAAAGAAUAUUUUACAUUUACCCUCGAAAAUGAUUAACAAGCCUGCAAGAUUAUCUACUGUGUCGCUGAAAUAUAACAGCAUUACACCAUCACCUGGGGAAGCAAUUCAUCCUGACUGGGUGCCGAUCACAUCGUCACCUGGGAUCCCUAUGUCUACACCGGUUGUGACAAGUGGACAAACGGUAACUCCUGCAGUAUCCCAUACACAAAAUCCCAUAAUUAUUCCUAUUAGUGUACUUCCCUCUACAGUAAGCACAGAGAGCCCAACAUCGAACAACCCAAGCAAUUCACAAAAUUUGGGCACCACAAGGAAACCGAUACUACCUCCAAGUAGCGAACCGGAAAGUUAUCCAGAGGAAAAUCUUGUGGUCAUUCCAGAACCGGAAGUACUUUCUUCUCCAGAACCAGAAAUACCUCCAUCAACUACCACGAUAGUUCCCAAUUUUAGCAGCUCUCUAGGAACACCGUUGGAAGUAUCUGUCGCCGGAACUUCAUCGCCAAUUACCACACCUGUUACACCACCAUCUGAAAAUCUACACGGCCUGUUGUCCGUUGACACCAUGUCAGAGAACAGUUUGGCUGAAGCUGCUAUACCUGUUGGGCUCUCCUUGCCCUCAUUUAAACCGAUCUGGCACAUAAUAGAUCCAAUGUCCAAGCGAAAAAUACCUCUAGGAAAAUCAGCUGUGUUCGACGCCGUUUCUCAGGCAGAACGAAAGUAUGAACGCGAAAUUAUCGAUGAGUAUGGACCUCUGAGAGAACAAAGCGAUGCCACACAAUCUUCGUUUGACAAUCACUUCGCCAGUUACCUCGAGAAAACAAUGGAACCGCCCGAAUCCAACAGCAUCUACCCCGUCAAUAGUUUACUAUACCCAGACGUGGAAGUCUUCAAACCGGAAAAACGAGGCUCAUGUCCAGUAAAUUUAAUGUACCGGCGGUGCAAGUCAGAAUGCACACACGACGAUGAAUGCCCAGGGGUUGACAAAUGUUGUGAUAUGGGGUGCGGCAAUGUUUGUAUUACCCCAAAAGAGAAAAAGAUAUACUAAUUUUUAAAUUAUGAUAUCAAAUUGGAAGCAGUGUAAAACCUUUAUUACAAGCAGUGGUUCAAUGACACCCUUCAAAUUCACCAUUUUAUCUUUUCUGCCUGUAGUGACAUAAUCAAUAGUUUGCAGACUAGUCUGGAAUGUAUAUCAAAACUACUGUGCAUCACACAGACGUUACACUUCUACAAAGAGCUAUAUAUGAUAACUAAUUAGUUUGGCCCCUGAAAAUUGAAGGAAAUCUUCGAGACCUGUAAUAUAUUUCUUGAAACUUUUAUUCUUGCAUGACAAAACCAUGACAAUAUUAACAACCAGUUUUUUCGUCUUUUCUUGAAUUCGACGUCAGAAAUGAAGUAUUCUUUGGCGUGUCUAUUUUUUCACUGAUAAUGUCACUUUUAGGACUUUUUAAUUAAAUAAACUUGAAGCGCGUGAUUUUGUAUUGAACCAUUACAUAUCGUUGAGGGAUACACGUUUAGUUAUAUAAUAAAUCAUCGUCUCCAAUGCUGUCUGUGUUUGAGGAAAAGGAAAUGGUACGAGAUUGCGCCCUUUUCAUCAAAAAUUCUAAAUUCUGGGACAGGUCUUGCAUUCAUGGCGUUAUAUCUCAGAAUGCACAGCAUUGUUUUUUUUUUUUUAUAAACAGCAUAUAUCAGAAAUCUCUUAAUCAAAAUAAGGUUAAUUUUGCUUCAAAAGAUUGAAAGUCAAUAUAGGACAUUUUAGCCUUUACCAUAGAUUGUCUCUUGAUUUCCCUCAUUGAUUCAGUUUGUUGUGUAAGGAAGCACUGCUCAUGGUUUUAUACAGAAACCAAGAAUCAUCCAUGAAUUCCAUUGUAUAUUUCCUUCAUGUUAUUUAUUUGUUGUUCAUGUUGAUCCAAAAUAAAUUAUUCUACUUUUAAUUCGUCUUUUAGUUUCUCUUUAACCAGGACACUCGUUGAAUAUUUAUGUAAAUGAUAGACAUGACAGUUCCUGCUGAGGGUUAACGUUUGAUUGACAGGGGUCUAAAUCUUGAAAUUAAC